AUGCUGUCGGCCUCUCGCCCUACUUCUCGUCCCAAUCGUUCCGAAAUGAGAGGUCGCGCGCCAGCUGCGGCGGCUUCUGAGCUUCAGAACGGCCACUCCCGCAACCCUUCCAGUCUCGACAUGGCUCGCAGUCCGCCAAACCCGAGCAACAAGAACACGAAGCAUGUUCCUUGCAAAUUCUUCCGCCAGGGGGCUUGCCAGGCCGGCCCCGCUUGUCCAUUCCUGCACUCGACCGACUCCGCAGUCGACUAUGCACCCUGCAAAUAUUUCACGAAGGGCAACUGCAAGUUCGGCGCAAAAUGCGCACUAGCCCAUAUUUUACCGGAUGGGCGCCGGGUGAACCGCCCCAGUGGCGGUGGGAUGGGAAUGGGCGGAAGCCAUCUUAAUUUAGGUGGCCGAGUUAAUCCGCAGGCCUACGUCAACCAAGAUUCCGCCUUGACAAACUCGGUGCUGUCACAGCAGCGCAUGAAUGGCCAUGAGCCCCGAUACGCUUCGCAGGUCCCUUCGCAAGACGAAUCGGUUUUCCACGGCCAGCAGCAGCCGCCCUACGAUUCCAUCCCGACAAUUGAUGCGGGGCUGGCCUCCGAUGCUGGUUCGAAGUAUGGAUCUCCUGUGGAAGAUGCGCGUUUUCCGAUGUCACCCAGUCACCACCAUCUGACGGCCCUUGAUGCGCCAUUGCCAGCCUCAUUCGAUAGCCAGGGCAUCUCUCAUGCUGCCCGCUAUGGUCCGGUGGCUGCCUCGGUGCCUUCAAAAUUCGGAAUGGAAUUGUCACCGCCGGCUCAGAGACCGGGGCCUCCGGAGUCCGCAUUCCGAAACCUGCGCGAUCUUGGUUACGCAUCAGACUUGCGAAAACAGUCCCUCGUAGGAUCCUCUCCUCCGGCACCCGAGGACUCAGUUGGGCCACGGUUCCUGCACUCCUCCCGUCCCGUCAAGCCUCGUAUGCUGUCUGCUAGCGUUCCUCGUCCUACCGCUCUUGAUGACUGGGAUGAGAAUUUCCCUAUGGAAGAAGACUACCUACCUAUAAAUUUGCAUGAUGAUGUUCUCACCCCCCAAGAGAAGCUUCGCCGGCUCUCGCGAACUGACCAUGAUAUUGGGAUCAGCUCCAGCCACCGCGAUAUUAGCGGUCUGGGCAUGAGCAGUAGCUUUUCGAAGACCGGCUCUCCUCUGGCGUCCAGUCCCUCUCGAUUCGGUGCAUUGUUCGCCAAGCAACGCCAGAAGAAGGAAGAUGAUGGCAUUGGUUCCUCAUUCCCUCACAUUGGCUCCCCUCUCCGUGAAUCUUCCUUAAAUCCAAUUGGCAGUCCAAGCCUGGGUCCUAUCGGCAGUCGGCACGAUGGCUCGCCAUUUGUCUCGAGCCCUGGAAGACAAGGCUCCUUCUCGAUGAUCUCUGAGCAGCUUAGCGGCAUGUCCCUUCAUCCCGGUUCGGCCCGUCACUCAUCUGCUGGCCCUAGUGCCCGCCUCGAGCGAACCGGGUCGUCUGUUACCACGAGCAAAAUCGAGGAGGAAGAACAGAGCGACCUCGUCUUUUCUAUGGAAGAAGAGGAAGGAAACAAGCGCAACAGUUCCUCUUGGAACUCGGAGACCAAGGAGAGCUCCAACGACGCCUAA